AUGUCAGGUUCAAACUCAGAUUGGGAUUCAGUUACCAUUAUUGGUCAAAAAGCUAGAAUUGGUGGUGGUGGUCCAAGAGAACAUGUUGCCAAGACUCAAUCUCAAUUAAACGCAGCAAGAAGACAAGGUCUUGUUGUUGGAACAGAGAAGAAGUACGGUUCAUCAAAUGUAAAGUCAAACCCAGAAGGUCAAAGAUUGACCAAACUAGAUGCUACAGAUGACGUUGUGGCAGUGAAGAAGGUUGACGUGAAUGUUGGUAAAGCCAUUUCGAAAGCUAGACAGGAGAAGAAGUUCACACAAAAGGAUUUGGCUACGAAAGUCAAUGAGAAGCCAAAUGUUAUAAACGAUUAUGAAGCAGGCAGAGCUAUCCCUAAUCAACAAGUUUUGGGUAAACUAGAACGAGCUUUGGGAGUUAAAUUGAGAGGAAAGAAUAUUGGAGAGCCUUUGUUUGCAAAGAAAUCAUAA